CCAACCCCCAGCUCCUUUAAGCAAUUUGAAUAGCCGAAGGAAUUGGCGGGGCUCGCGAAGUCCAGCCCUAGAUGGAAAAGUCUUUCACCUUCGCCUUGCCUUGUAAUCUGCUAGUCCUACGAGAUGGAGAAUCGGUAUCCUGUUCGGUGCAACGACAACGAUGAGGCCGUGCUAUUCCUACGGAGGAAGUGGCAGUGCUAUUCCUACGGAGGAAGCGGCAGGAGAUGGCCGAGACCAAUGGCAUCCUUGACAAUCUCGACUCCACACUCUCCAUCGCUUACCGCAGCAUCUGCAAUGCGAAAACCCCAAUCAAAACCCUCAAUGACCUGUGCCAAAUUAAAUUUGAUUAUGUUUGCGCCAUGCUAGGGGCACGGGGAAGGAAGAAAGCAAAAGAGCCAAAACGAUACAUUCCACAGAAGAAUUCGGCUGCAUAUGCCUUUCUUAUCACACUUUAUAGGGAAAUGCAGAAUGGGGCUAGUUAUAUGAACAAGCAAGAAUUGAUUGAUGCCUCAGAAGCAAGUGGCCUUUCACGGACUUCAAUUGCGCUAGAUAAGAGUAAGCAACCUGGAUCUUUAGGAAGUUCAAGGGACUGGUAUACUGGAUGGAGCUGCAUGAAAACAUUGAUGUCAAGAGGCUUAGUGUUGAAGUCUAGCUGCCCAGCAAAAUUCAUGCUAACGCAAGAAGGAAAAGAAGCUGCACAUGAGUGCCUCAUUAGAUCUGGAAAUCUUCAAUCCAUGUCAGAAUCUAAUAGAUGUCAUUGUAUUUCUGAUGCUCAAAGGUCAUUUGUUGUUAAAUUGACUUCACAACCAGCAACUGCCAGUUGCCAGCAAAAAGUGAUUGACAUUGGCAAGCAAGCUGAUCUGUCUGAUCUUAAUGUGGAUUAUGCAAUUCAGAGAAAGCAGAGCAUAUCAACAUUUAUCAGCUCCCCCAUAGUUGAGGUAUACUUAUACCUGAAUUCUUUAGUCGGUUCUACAGAUAUUAUGACCACCAUAUCUGCAGCUGAUAUGAAAUCCCAGAUUCCUGUUAGAUGCUUACCUGUUGGAGAUGGCAUUUGGCUUGCUCGAGGUAGAGGCUGCAACACUGAAUAUGUGCUUGAUUUUAUAGUAGAAAGAAAAAGAGUUGAUGAUUUGUGCAAAUCAAUUUGGGACAACAAAUAUAGAGAUCAGAAGUUGAGAUUACAGAGAUGUGGACUCCAAAAACUAAUAUAUUUGGUGGAGGGUGACGUAAAUAGCUUGGAGGUUGCUGAAAGCAUCAAAACUGCGUAUGUUUACUGCUACUUCCAUUUUAUGUUAUUUUCCAUUUGCAUUUUUUGUGCACAACAUCUGCUAUACCAGUUCAAUUAAUGUUGUCUAUUACUAAUUAAAUAGAAGCCUAAAUUGGAAUAAUGUGUCAUUUUUAUUUUUAAUAAU